AUGGACAUUGGGAGUACUACACACAAAAAAGCAAGUCAACAUCAGUGGCCCCCUGUGCCCAUCAUCCACCUGCUCACCAUCUGUGACCUCCAGUGCACUAGCGCUCUGCCUACCGGCUCUAGGAUAGAUGACUCUCCUGAGGUUAUAAACUUCUCAGCGCUAGAGCGGGAGUUGCAGUCUGCUGUUGAAGCAGACAACAAAUAUCAAAGAGAAAAUGAUGCAAAGUUUCGUGCUCUACACCAGAAGGUCGGAACUUAUGAGGCGUUUAGGGACAUAGUCCUGGCAUCCCACCUGAAACCACUGGACAGGAAGGAUAAAGCUGAAGCUCCUUGCAAACAGCCCUGGAAUGCCCUCGCCUCCGCUGACAAAGGGCAGAACCAGACUAGCUGUGAUGAAAUAGGCCUAAAGCCUCAGUUGUCAGAGUUCCAGGACAGCGUCAGAGUUCAGCCGGGACUGGCGCAGGUUCGGCAGUGAAAACCCAGAGGAUAAAUACAGCCUCCUGCUCUCCCUAGGUGGAGAGGGCCUUCAGGACAUCUUCAGGGCUGAGGUGGGGUUUGGCCUACUGGGGGAGUUCCUUGUGUUUCUAUCCAGUGGUCUCCAGCCUGGGGAUGAGGCCACGGUGAUAGGGGUCCUGGAAGGGCUGUCCAAUACCCCCAGGUUUGGCAUCAAUAUGUCCCUCCUGAGCCGGGCUGAGAGGGAGGCAUGUGGAGAGCUGUUUCAGAACCUGAGGAAAGCAUCAGCAGCAGGGAAUAGCAGUGUCAGAGGAUCCGAAGGGGAUGUCAUUGUCCAUGGAAGUAAUGUGGAAGAGAUUAAAGAGACACAAGAUGCUGAGGCAGAGACUCUGUUUCCAGGACAGACCAGUGAGGCUGCCAGAAGAAGCACCGAUACUGAAACUUUAAACGGUAUAAUGCAGUUGUAUGGGGUUCAAACUGUUUCUCCUCCUCAGUAAGAAACAUUAGAUAAACCAUAUUGGACUUAUUGUUUUCAGAAAUAACGAUGACUGUUACUAUACAUUGUAGAGCUUAAUGUGGUUUCAAAAACUUGAAUAUCAUUUGUUUGUUGAGAUGUGCUUGACACUUGAUGAGAUUUGUUUUUGAGUUAUUUUGAAUAAAUCAUUUUGUGAAAUG